UGAUGGCACUGUGUGUGGAGCGCAGAGCAGUGUGAGCUCGUGCGGAGCCUGCGGCAGGGGGACACCGGAAGGGGACUGACGGCAGGCAGAACAUGACAGGGCUACGGGCAGCAGGACAGUAGCGCGGCCGGCAUGGACUUCCAGGCGGAGUUGCCCUGGCUGGGGCUGAGUGUGGCCGUCUUCUCCAGCCUGCUGAACGGCUCCACGUUUGUGCUGCAGAAGAAAGGCAUCCUGAGAGCCCGCACCAGAGGUGUUUCUUACCUUACAGACCUGGUAUGGUGGAUAGGCACCAUCACAAUGGCUUUGGGGCAGAUUGGAAACUUCCUGGCAUAUACUGCUGCUCCAGCUGUGCUGGUUACUCCAUUGGGUGCUCUGGGCAUUCCUUUUGGGUCCGUUUUGGCCUCAUAUGUGCUGAAAGAAAAACUUAACUUCUUGGGCAAACUGGGAUGUCUGCUGUGUUGUGUGGGCUCCAUUAUCCUUAUUAUCCACUCACCCAAGUCCGAAAGCAUAACAACUCGAGCUGAGUUUGAAGAAAAGCUCUCGAACCCAGUAUUCCUGAGUUACUUGUGUUUUGUACUUCUGAUCUUGACGGUGCUGAUAUUCUGGCUUGCUCCAGUGUAUGGGAAGAAGAAUAUCAUGGUUUACAUAGGUGUGUGCUCUCUGUUAGGAACAUUUACCAUCCCCUGCACCAAAGGCAUUGGAUUUUUUGCUCAAGAUGCUUUUACCGACAAUCCAAGCAAAUCAAGCUCAACUUACCUUUUCCUUUGCCUCGUGGCAGUCCUGGGAUGCAGCAUUCUCAUCCAGUUUCGAUAUAUUAACAAAGCUCUAGAAGACUAUGACUCGUGUAUAUUUAGUGCUAUUUAUUAUGUUACCUUCACAACAAUAGUCCUGGUCGCAACUGCAAUCCUCUUUCAAGAAUGGACCAAAGUAGGAGCUGUAGACUCCUUGGCCAUGUUGUGUGGGUUCACCACGGUGUCUACCGGAGUUAUUUUAAUUCAGAUGUUUAAAGAGUUUAACAUCAGCUUCUGGGAACUAAGCAAGACACCGGAGAAGAAGGAGUGAAAAGACCACUCUUAAAAAUGACCAAUGGCUAUUCUAUGUCAAAUUGGGUAAAGCUUGUGCUAACAUAUAUUUUCAUUUUCAAAAAUAUUCAAUAUUUUUUUUUAAAUGGCAAUGCACUAAAAAAAAAAUGUAUGCAAGGGUAAUGAUAACUCAGUACAUUUAUACUGCUGGAGAAUAGAAACCUACAACUAGGACAUGACCAUGCACUGUGGCUAUCAUGUAUGACUUUAUUUUAAGGCAUAAUUGCUUAGAUAGGGUGAAGGUGUACUCAAUUACUUUUAAUCUGAUCCCACAUCCCCUGAGCAGAUUAAAGUGUAACUCCCAUGUGUAGGAGCAGUGAUAAUGGCCAUUUUUGUAAUGUACGUUAGUAAUUAAUAUUCUUUAUUCCUUCUCUGUCAGAGGGGUUCCAUUAGUGCCUACUUUUGUAUUAUCCAUUGACUGCUAUUGACUUUUUGAUAGUGUUUGUUACUGUUUACUACAAGGAGAUACCAGUGGUUCUUCAUACUUGUGAAGAAGAUUCUGAUCCAUCUGACCGAAAGGGAAACCUUGUCUGAUGAGACUGAAUGGGCCCCACCACAGCUGAGGUUACUUCUACAGACGAGUCAGUGGGUCCUACUGGUCGCAUCUUUUGACCACAGUGCUCAUCAGUCAUUAUAGGUAAUUAAUAAACUCCUAAUACACAAAAACUAAGGAAAACCUUUUGCAUAGAGGGAAUUUGUUCAUUUGCAUUUAAGACUGAUUAUAUUAUGUGUCCAAUAAUGGCCAGGAUAGGGGAUUGGAAUUCAGGCAGCUGAGCAAGAGAUUGUGCCUGGCACGUGAUGGAGAGUCUCUGAGGUUGUAUGUCUAUGCACAGAACCAGUGAGGCGUAAGGCUUCGUGUGUGGGGGGGGUUAUAAUCGGCCUACUGCUGAAGGGCCCUAGCAUCAAUUCUGGGAACUUGGUUGGGGGCUCUCCAAAGGAAUAGAGAUGGCCAGUUCGCAGUGUUCGCCCGCGAACACAUGCGAUCUGCCAUCCUAAUUGACAAGUCCGGCGAGGCACAGGUAAAUGAAAUGCGGUCUCCAGG